GACCUUACGUUCACCUUGUUUAGCCGCUGGGGUCGAAUGUUUUAGGAGCUUUCGCUAGCCUUGGUCAGCUGGUGGUCGGGGUUGCGAUGUCCUGGUUACCUUAAUGGAACUGAGUCCUGAUUCUGAUACGGACAUCAAAGUGGAUAUUAAUGAUGCCGGGAGUGCCUACUUUUCAGAUUCCGGUGUAAGCAGCACGCAUUCUUACCAAACUAAUGCGAGCAAUUGCUCUGCAUGCAUUUUACCUUCCUCUCUCCCUGAUGCUUGUUCGAAGAUGGAUCAGUCAGGACCUCUGUCUGUGAAAAAACCACUCCCAAAUUUCCAAGAAAAAUCCUUUUCUCGGCUCGGUACAUAUUUCUCCCAAGACAUGGCGAAUAACCCUUACAUUCAAACGUCUAGGCACUCGUUUCCCCAAGGAUUUCUUGCCCACCCGACAUCAGUUUACAACUCUAAUUACCCUUCUCAUGGUGUACAAAACCAUUUCUACAACAGGCACCUAGCUUCAUCAUCAUUCUCUACUACAAGUGACUCGGCCAUUCCGAUGCAGCUCAUGUUUGGUCAGGAAUUACGUCUCCCACAACCAAUGCUGGUGAACUCUGAACCACCGAUCGGCUCCCAAUGUUCCGAAGAUGGACGCUAUUCAUCCCACAUACCUGGUCGCGCAGAACCACCGCACGUAUAUAGCGAAAGUUUUCACAUUUCUGCUGCUCAAACUCUUCACCUUGCAACUUCCCCACGCCAUUUAGGUCUUGCUGGCGGACAUUUAGCUCACACUGUUUGUGAUGCAGCUAAUGCUGGCUGUCUUUCCAAGAGUUCCCCGAGAUCACUUUCGCCUAACAUAGUUUGUGAUCGUCCUAUUGCUGAUUGCGACCUUCCCCUUUCUGACUCUCGCGCCACUCUAAAGUCAUCACGAACAAUCGAUAGAGGGUCAGAAGUAGCUGCAGCAGAUAGUAAUACGAAAUCUUCAUCUCAACCGUGCAGAGUGUGCGGUGAUAAAUCCAGCGGCUAUCAUUAUGGGGUCAUUUCUUGUGAAGGAUGUAAGUCCACAUCUGCAAGUACUUUUUGGCCAGAAAAAGUGGAUGAGUACCGACUACGAAUGCAUGAGCAGCUGAGCCAACUCUUGGCUCCCAGCAUACAACAAGUUGUGGAGUUUGCGAAACGGCUUCCUGAUUUCAGCCAUUUGGGACAACCCGACCAACUUGUACUAAUCAAAGCUGCGUUUUUCGAGCUUUGGUUGUUACAAGCUGCCAGGCUUGUCUCAUCUCUUGACCGCACACUGACCAUGGCCGAUGGGAAGCAGAUAAGCAAGGAAGAACUGGAUUUUGUUUAUUCCCCCAAUGUGGUGUGCAUGAUGUUCGCCUUCUCGGAGACAUUCAACGCGCUGACGCUGAACGACGUGGAGAUUGCGCUGUGUUGUGCGGUGGUGCUGACAAAACCGGAUCGCUAUGGCUUGGCAGAGCCAAAUAUGGUCUCGGUGAUGCAAGAACGCCUUCUUUCCGCUCUUCGUAUGCAACUGGAGCGGAAUCGUCCGAAUGAGCCCAAUCUGUUGGCCCAAGUUCGCAGUUCGAUUAUGCAGUUGGGUGCCAUUGGUGUGGAUCUGCAACUGUGUGUCCGAUGGUACCGUGAAAAUUGGUAUCGAACCCGACUGGCCCCGCUGUACGCUGAGACCUAUGACAUCCCACACGAAGAGAACCCCACUGUAAACAAUAGCGCGUCCGAAUUGGCUGCGCAAGCUGCAAACAUCCCAAUGAUGGCUGGAAACAUUCAUUCCCGAUCUUAUGGUCAUUUUGGGGAGUCGAAUUCGACAUACCAGCCAGUCGUAACCUACAACAGUGGACUGGGAGCCGUCGGUGUCCUUUCCAAUUUAGCGUAUGCCUCGAAUACAGUACCUAUGUCUCAGGCUGCUCAUCAUGUCUAUCCGGCUACGUCGUUAGCUACUUCAGGAGCCGAAUUCGUAACCGAAAACCCCCUAUCAAGUUACUAUAACACCGCUCAAAAUUGCAGACUACCUUCAGGCACGGUGCAACACUAUGCGGCCGAAAGUCGAUUGCGUUCUGCCGCUUUGCAUCACAUCCAGCAACGACACGGUCAGCAACAGCGAUCAGACCCCCCAUUUGACACCAGAGAAACGUACUCCGCAUCCAGUCUAUCCGGUUCUUCGCCUUCAGCUUCAUGUCAAAAACGUACACAGUUGACUUUCCAUCCUUCGUCCUCCCCACUUUUGUUGUCCAACGGUGUUUCUUUCACAAUGUCCCAAACUACUUCCUCACCAGGAACCGGUGCCUCGCCUAUUUGUCGUCCACCCACUCGGUCCCAGAUUCUUCCAGGUGAUUGUAACACGAGAAGUCCACACCUACAGAAGUCGCCGUUCACAGGUGACGGGCCAAGCUGUUCACCCAGUCCAAGUUUUUGUGCGGUGUCAUCACUGCUUCCAGCCAUUUCUUCUUCGAGUGCCUUGGUACGCAGUAGAUCACACCCAUCAUCUGCCUCUUCCGGUCCAAGCACUCCCCUGCCCGUUAUCCCUGAUUCCACCCCGCCAGCUACAAGGGGGGACGGCGAUUACACUGACUGGACUACGCCUAGUGAAAAAAUGGUGCUACUGAAGUCGGAAUCUGUUGAUGAUUCGUCCGCGCCCUCUUGCCCGAUAUCGCUGAGCUUUCGGCCGUCAGAACAACAUCGGGAGAAUAUCCGUACUGCAAAUGACCUCCAGCUCCCAAAGGUAGAUGAACGUAGGACCGCUGAAGAUAUCGGGGCGGUGUCGCAAAGUGGUCUCAUACGAUAGAAUCUUAAUCACUGAACCGUUUUUAGCCCAGCUGAAGUUUAAUACCUUCGUCCCGAGGGUUUCCAGCAUCAUUUCGGUGAAGCUGAUUCUUGUCGUUCAAAGACAACUUUCCCGGCCCCAUUUACUUUCCUGUAUGCACUGUUCAUGCGACAUUAUGAACACUGUUCUUCUUAUCUCCUUGCUUAGUGCAAUAGACCAGAGCAAACCGCCUCCUAUCCCGGCCACCUGUUCCGCUUGUUCAUCUCCAAUUUCUUGGUGAUUGGUUUCACGGAAUCAUCUGCUCCUUGAUGGGAAUGAUAAAGUGCUCCUCAUCAUCCAUCUACUUUAUCGCCGAAGCAGAGCACUUCCCUCCGUGUGUGUGUACCGCGUAUCGCUUAUGUGAUCCAUUCUACCGGCGGUUCAUCUCGGUUGAAACAUUGGUUGCAUUUUGCAACAAAACGGUCUCAGCGAGGGAAGAGUGCAAAUGGACUGGGCAGCAACGAUGUUUUGCAAUCUGAUUUCAUCUUUGUCAGUUUGUGCCACGAAUCCUGUCCUCUUCGCCGUUCUGUGUGUGCACCUAUGUGGCUGUUUGCUUUCGCACUGCCAACCAAACAUCUUCAUUUGCACUGUUACCCCUUCGUCAAACUCUUCUCAGGUAUACAUGCAGAAACCUUAUUUUGUCUUUUUUGAUACCUACGGUUGUGUUUUGUUACUUCUUGAUCCUAUACAAAACCUUGUACUUUAUUCAUAUUGUUUUACACGAAAUUCUUGGUGGUACCAUGUCAGUACUCAUCUACCAACCCGCCAAUUAUCGUUUGUUUUUAUGAAGUUGUUUGUUGGGUCCUUGGGGCCACAAUUUUGUUCGCCAGGGGCACAACUAAGAUCUGAGUGUGGAGGGAUUCUCUUCACCUCACUUGCACUCACGUCCCAUGCUCUAGGGACUUCAACCAUCUAUUCAUACAAGUUUAUAAUUCAUGACGCUCAAACUCUACUCAGGAAGUGUUGGUCAUUUUUGUUUUUCCUUGAUCUUCCACCUUGUCAAACCCUACGAACUGCUCAUUCAUGAGUCACUUGAUCCACCCUAAUUCUCAUAAGAUCACGAAUCACAGUCUACUAAUUUUGCACACAUCUCCUCUCAGGUAUCUUUUCACUUACUCGCUUUGUUUGCUUUGUCAGAUGUUUCAACUUCUAUUUCUCAUGUACUCCCUGACAGCGAAUCUGUCUCAGUAGCACCUCUUUCAGUUGUUUCCAAUUUACUACCUCAAACUCUCCUGUAUUUUGUACUUUCUCACCACAAUGCUUGCCGACUUCUGCCCAUCCUCCAUUUGGCUAGCUGCAAUAGAACACAUGGAUGACCAUUUCGCUCUUUGUGAUUCAAAGCGGCCUCCAUUUUUCCGAAGCAACUGGGAAUCGGAUCUACUACUCCGGGAGUCGCCUUCAGUUUGCCGUACAAAAGUGACAAUCAAAAUAUUGGCCUAAGUUGACUACUUCUUACGUAUGUCGUUCGGCUCACGCAAAUAUGCAUCCUCGCACCUGCGGCCUUCCCAUAGCGGUUGGCGCUUGACGUGCUCCCCUUUUCUCAGUGCUCUACUUUCACUCAGGGAUGUUCAAACUUCACUCCCCCCCCCCGGUCACUUAGUCCUGCGCAACUGCGUUUGUGCCAUGUGCCUUCUUAGCCGAUUAUGGGCAUUUCUGAGGACACGAAUGCGGAAGGAAGUGUUUUGUCAAGUUUAUCACCCAUUUUUCGAUUUUCAUUUGAUUAACAGAUUGCACUGAACACAAUCUGGGCUAACCGCUUCCGUUUCCUCUGACUGGCUGUCCUCGCUCAAUGUGAUUUUGAGUGCCCAAUAUCCAAUACACAUAUUCCUUCUUUGUAU